AUGGGAGACGACGAACAUCAUCAUGAGUUUGAAUCAGCAUCAGGAUCUGGAGCAUCGGCAACUUACCCGAUGCAAUGUUCUGCCCUCAGAAAGAACGGUCAUGUUGUUCUUAAAGGUAGGCCAUGCAAGAUCGUUGAAAUGUCUACGAGUAAGACUGGUAAACAUGGGCACGCGAAAGUUCAUCUUGUCGGAGUCGAUAUUUUUACUAAUAAGAAGCUUGAAGAUAUUUCUCCCUCUACUCAUAACAUGGAUGUUCCUCAUGUUACUCGUACUGAGUUUACUGUCAUUGACUGUGCUGAAGAUGGUUAUUUGAGCUUAAUGACUUCUGAUGGCAGCACCAAGGAUGACGUUCGCAUCGAAAAAGGCAGUGAAAUGUAUAAUCAAAUUGUUUCAGGGAUUGAAGAAGGUAAGGAAUACUUGGUCACUGUCGUCAGUGCAAUGGGGGAGGAAGCCGUUGCAGCCUUUAAAGAAGCCCCUAGGUCCUAA